CGGCGGCGCGCGGACUUUCUCCUCUCCGGCCGCAGCCCUGGAUUUAAAGGGGCCGCGUCGCCGAAAAAGCCGCCGGGAUGUCCCGCCGGGCGAAGGAGGAGUUCCAGCGCUCCUACGCGGUCAGCGACCCCCGCAGCCACCCCAAAGGCUACACGGAAUACAAAGUCACGGCCAAAUUUGUCUCAAAGGCGAACCCAGAUGAUACCAAGGAGAUUGUGGUCUGGAAGAGAUACAGCGACUUUAAGAAACUGCACACAGACCUGGCGUACACCCAUCGCAAUCUCUUCCGUCGCAUGGAGGAUUUCCCCGCUUUCCCGCGAGCCCAGGUCUUCGGCCGAUUCGACCCCGAGGUGAUUGAAGAGCGGAGGAAAGCGGCGGAAGAUAUGCUGCAUUUCACCGUACACAUCCCGGCCUUAAAUAACAGCCCCCAGCUGAAGGAAUUCUUCCGGGGCGGAGAGGGGCAGAGUUGUCCCAGGCACUGGGAGUCCCCAUCGCUACCCCGCCCUCUCAUCCCCGUGCCCGCGGCAGGAGUCGAACAGGGCGAGGAGGCUCUGGGGCUGGUUCAGGAUGAUGGGCUGCUGGAUCCGAAGCCGGAGGCAGCCAAUAAAGAUGGUGUCGCUGAGGCCCAAAUGGAGAACCAAGAGGGGGCCUCUGACGCUGUGGGACGAGAGGAAGAUCUAGAUGCCCUCUUUGCCUUCCGGGAGGAAGAGGAGGAAGAAGCCAAGAAUGACUCGCCUUCUCACUGCCUCUUAUCGGUCCAAGAAUUAGCCCUUUUUGACCCCUUCUCCAAAGAAGCUUCUUCUACUGCCACCAGCCUCUCCCUUGGGGAAGGCCUGGCUUCUCUGGAGGCCUCAGAGACCAAACCAGAAGUCCUGCUCAAUGCGGACCCGACGCAGAAACCCGAGGUAGAAAGUGCCUCCUCGUUGGAUCCCGGCAGGUAUCUGCCCCAAGCGAUCGAGCGGAUUCGGCAAGCCGUGUUGUGCGAAGCCUCCAGAGACUUCCAGGGGGCUUUUCACGGCUACCGCGGUGGAGUUGACUUGCUCCUCCAGGGUCUGCAAGGCGAUCCUAACCCAGCCCGCAGGGAAGCGGUGAAGAAGAAGACCGCAGAAUACCUUCAGAGGGCGGAAGAAAUCUUCCAGCAACACUUGAAGCAUCUGGAACUGUGACUCCCGAUCCGCCGCGAACGCUUGUAUUUAUUUCUUGCUGCCAACAGACCCGGGUGUUUCAGGCUGACGGCUUUUCCAAGGCCGUUUUUGUUUUCCCAUGUAAAAAAGUUUGUACAUUUUUUCUCUCUUCCAAAGGACUGCAGCUGAUUUCUUGGCUUUAGUUGUGCAUUUUGGGCCUUUUCCAGUCCUCCAGCUCUCAAUCCCGGAUUUGGAAAGUUAAACCCAGGUGAAAAAUAAUCUUGGGGUUUCUUUUCCCCUUUGGAGAGGGCUGAGAAAGGGGGCUGGCCGAAAGGGCUUCGGUUCAUGCAGGAGUUGGUCUGAAUGCAGAAUUCAGUUGAUUCAACUCUACCGUGUUAAAACCUUAAAGCAAACAGGCCGAGUUUAUCCAAACAGAUGAACAAGGUUGAGCAGGUUGUGUGAAUGCAGAGCCUAACGUGAUGACCCAAAGGGGCGUGGCACAAAGGCAACACAGAUAAUCAGUAAGAGGCCCUUUAUUAGCUCCAACUUUGUCCCCAAGGUCCUGGUUACCUUCUGGGCUGGAGAAAAACU